AAGUUCCACGAUCAGCUUUUCCAGCAUCGGUUUGUCAUCGGCUGUAUUUGAGCUAACGCUGGGUAUAUCACAGGGCAGCAUCAAACAAACUAGACCUAAAUAACAUGAAAGCAAUCAUUCAGAGAGUGACUAGAGCCAGCGUAACAGUUGGAGAAGAACAGAUAAGUUCAAUUGGGAGAGGAAUUUGUGUUUUAUUGGGAAUUUCUUUAGAAGACACUCAGAAGGAUACAGAAUACAUGGUGCGUAAGAUUUUGAACCUUCGUUUAUUUGAAGAUGAUAAUGGAAAACACUGGUGUAAAAGUGUGAUGGACAAACAGUUUGAAGUCUUAUGUGUUAGUCAGUUUACACUGCAAUGCAUCUUGAAAGGAAACAAACCUGACUACCAUGCAGCAAUGCCCGCAGAGCAGUCAGAACCUUUUUACAAUGAUUUCUUAGAGCACAUGCGAAGGGUUUAUAAACCUGAAAUGGUUAAAGAUGGAAAGUUUGGAGCCUAUAUGCAAGUUCACAUUCAGAAUGAUGGACCCGUUACUAUAGAACUAGAAUCCCCAGCAGGUCCCAGUGAUCCAAAGCAGCAGGCAAAACUUGAAAAACAGCAACAACGAAAAGAGAAAACAAGAGCCAAGGGGCCUUCAGAGUCAGGCAAGGAGAAGGCUGCCUCACGUACUAAAGUUGACCCUAGUGCUAGCAGUGGAGCAGAGGGAGAUGUGUCUUCUGAAAGAGAACCUUAAACUAGAACACAAUGCAUUCUUUAGGACAUGGUGAACUCUUCAAAUUUCCCAGUGGACCUGAUCUUCCUUGACCUUAAAAAUUGCUUGAGCAUCACUUACAAAGAGGAAUAAACUGGGAAAUAAGCUCCACUAUUUAACGUAUAUCUAAUGUGAAACCAAAGGAAACAAUGGCCUUGUGUUACCUGUUGAGAUGAAUAUCCUAGAAAUGAGUAAAAUAAGAAAUUCAUGACUGGAAAGAUAUGCCUUUGCGUCCAAAGGGGUUGUUCAUUGUGGGUCUAACUGGUCCAAACAUUUAUUCAUUACCUUAAAUUUAUUUUUCUUAUUGUGUAAGUUGAAGCUUAGAUUCAUUGUAGUGCAUGUUUUUGACAUAAAAACAUAGCUCUAGAUUUUUAAUUAUUUCCCAAUUUCUAUUUUAGGUGUUUGUUUGUAUGUGGUUUUCUUAGUGCCCAACACCUUAUUAUUCCUGUAUUGUCUGCAUGAUGACAACAUCUGUUAAGUGCUGUCUUCAGAACCCCUUGAAACAUUGUGAUUGACGACCAAUUCAAUGUGCAAGUAAUUUGCCAUUUUUCUUUGGUUUGUCAGCCAGGCAGUUUUCUGCACUUUUGCACAGAUUUGCUUUCUCAGUUAUCAACAAUGUGACCUAAUUACUGUACUUUGCAUUAAUUGAGGACCAACAGGAAGUUAACAAUUUAUUAAACAAUAGUAAAGAAGGCAUAAUAGACAGUUGAUUCUUUUUAACAUGAAUUUUGAUUUUUCUUUUUUAAACUAGCAAAUCUCAUGACUACUGUUUUAGUCAACCAAUAUACAGCUGCAUGGUUUAUGAUUAUGUAUCAUCUCAAGUCGAUGAGGGCUAUGCAGAAAAUAUUGAAAUAUACACUGAUAUGUUUACUGUAUACAUAAUGAGUCGCAUGACAUGAUGAAUUGUCUCAAGUAGUGUAUCAUUUUCUUUAAAACUGAUUGUCCUUUUUAAUCCUUGAAAAAAAUUGUUUCAAUUUCUGGGUUCUUUGCAUUUUGUCUCUGAAUUAAAAUUGUGUUCUAUUUGACCCUUGACAGGAGUAAAAUAAAGAUUCUGUGGAAAUGUA